AUGAGCCAGUCGCGAGUGAGGGGUCUCCAUCUUAACGCUAUAGAGGUGGCCACUGCCUCUUCUGCUCAAGGGAAUGACAAGAUUUUGUUGACAAGGCGGAGGAGACCAGCCUCGAGGGGUCUCCAAGAUCUCCCUAAUAAUUAUCCUAUGGAACGUUCAUGGGCUUGGCAACCAAUGAACGUUCCUACUAUGAAGAUCUUUCUUCGGAAUUUUCUUUAG